AUGGUUCGCAUUCUGACUUCUAUCACACUCUUUACAGUGCUGCUUGUCGGCGGCACCGCUGCACACCCGGGCGACCACCACCCAGAUAUAUCCCAUUUGGAGCGAAAACAUGCCUUCCAUAAGCGAACAGCGAUCGCCGGGGCUGAGAAGAUGAGUCGUUGUGCCGAUACCUCGGGAUCCGUCAGGCAGAGCGCCAUCCAACGACGCGCCGGGACCUUGGAGCGCCUACGGCAAGAAAGGGGCUUCACGCCCCAAGCUGACGUACAGCGCCGUAACAAGGCAGAGGUAUCCUACUAUGACUCCCUCAACCACAAUCUGACGUCCAUGGUCAAGAGCGGAUCCUACGAAGAGUUGUUUGGUUCGAAUGCCUCUUGCGUACUGGGUCGAGCUGAGACCAUCGGCCCUUACUACGUCGAGGGCGAGCUCAUUCGCAGUAACAUCACCGAAGACCAGAUCGGCAUACCGAUGCACAUGGAGAUACAGUUCGUUGAUGUCAAUACUUGCAAGCCAGUUCCCGCCCUCUUCAUCGACAUCUGGGGUGCUAAUGCAACGGGUGGCUACUCUGGAGCGGACUCGCCCGCAGGCUUCAGCGGAUUCGGCGGUCUCAACUCCACCUUUCUACGAGGCAUCCAGAUCACAGACGAACACGGUGUGGCGAGUUUCGACCUAAUUAUACCUGGACACUAUUACCCUCGCGCCACACAUACACAUAUUGUGGCAUGGGGAAAUGCUACAACGUUUGCCAAUGGUACUGUAGCUGGUGGUCUCGCAACAGACGACACCUUUGUGCGCUACGUAGGGCAGCUGUAUUACGAGCAGAAGCUACGUGAUGCCGUUGACCCAAUCUGGCCUUACAACACCAAUACAGAUAAGGACAACUUCAAAAAUGUGGAUGAUUACAUUCUGGCCGAAAACAAGACGAUCAAUGGCAACACGGUUGGUGACUUGGGGCCUUAUGACCCUUUCCUCAAGUAUGCGUACUUGACGAAUGACCUGGCAGACGGCAUCUUCGCCUGGCACACCAUAGGGAUCGAUAUGGGCGAUAACUUCAAUCUUGGCUUUCAAGCGGCUGCUAAAUACGAAGAAGACGGUGGAAGGGCCCUUAACGCGUGGGGUGACGGUUCAAUCACCCCUUACCCAGCAGUCGUACCACCCAAGGGCAUGGCCACGACUACUGCGAUUAGCAGCAGUGCCACAUGA